GACAACAGCACCAAGGACAUUAGUUAUGAAGCCACUUUGCCUGUCAGAUAUGCAAUAUAUCUCCUUAUCAACAUGGGUGAGGAAUCCACCAAGUAUGUGAACUUCACCGUUGGCCAAGAAGGCACACAAAAGAUUGUUGAACAUCGAUAUCAGGUGAAGAAUCUUCAUGAACGAAGCAUCCCUUUCAAGGUGACAUUUUGGAUCCCAGUAAAACUGAAAGGGAUCCCAGUUUGGAAUGUCUCUCUAGUCAUUCCUUCUGAGCCUGAAGUGGCCAAGUGUGUUUCUGAGAGAGAAACUCAAGGCGCCAAGGAUCUCCUGGCAGAUGAGGCAAGGCCCCAAUUGGAUUGUUCCACCGCUUCUUGCAAAAUCAUCCAGUGUAAUGUUUUGCCACUGAAGAUACACAAAAGGGCACUGGAGUUCAGGAUCAAAGGAGAUAUCCAUUUCAGUUGGACAUCCCAGGUCCAACAGAAGACAAUUAUUUUGGUGAGCUCCGCACAGAUUUCUUAUAACAACAGAAAAUACACACAGCAAGUGGGCUUUCCACAAACUCAGGUGCAGACAGUGGUGGAGCGGAUCGAGAUCUACAACAGCUUCCCCGUUAUCAUUGGCAGCUCUUUUGGAGGUUUAAUCCUUCUAGCUCUGUCAACGGCAGCUUUGUAUAAGGUGAAGUGGAACCUGGGGAGGGAAAGGGUAGAGAAUGGAGUUCUUGCUACCCUUCCCAAUUAUGUUUUGAACUGCACAAAGGCAGUUAUGUCUGCAUGUUCAAAAGAUUUAUCAUCAAAGGAUUAUAUAGCUGUUUAUCAACCCUUCUUGGAGAUAGGAAUCAAGGCCUUGGCCAAAUGUCAAGGUGUAGUUUUCACAGCCCUCUGAGUCUUGGCAGCUCUCUUAAGCACCAAGGCAGGGUUUUCCAACUUUGGCAACUUUAAUAUACGUGGAC